AGAAAAUUUUUCACCCUAAAAGAAAUUGACGAACUGAAGAUUGAGAAAGUUCAUUGAGUAUUUGUGGCGAGAUUGAGUUAAGCCUUUGAUUUAUUGUUUCGAUUAUUAAAUUGAUCGAAAGUUUAUCAUAAAUGUGACACUUUCGAAUUGAUAAAAUGAAUUAAUUGUCGCCGAUUGAUUAUCAGGCUCAAAUGCUUUAGUCUAUUAGUCUGCCAACGAAUCUAUUGUUUCAUGAAAACAACUCUUUUCAUCUUAUUCAUAUUCAUGGAAUCGAAAUCAUGAUGUGUGAAAACAAUUUGGAAGAUUUGUCCUAAUUAGUGAGUCGAUAUUCUCACUCACUCAAUUUAAGAUCAUUUUCUUCAAAUUCUUUCAAGAACAAAUCACCGAGCGAUCAGAUUAACAAACCUCUAGUCAAAACUCGGGUCACAAUUAACUUCUUAAUUGUCCUAUGAUUGUUUUCCUCAGUUAUUAAUUGUCUGGAUCGUUUUAAUUACGAUGAUUGUGUUUACAGUUUUCCUCGCUUCUAUUACAUCAAUUAUAUUUAUUCAUCCUCUUAAUGGUAAAACAAUGGCUUCAAAGAUGCUCGAGAAGAUGGAAUGUGACAAAGAUGAUAAAAUGGCUGAUUUAAUGAGCAGUCAGUCAAUGAUGAUGCCAAUGAUGGAUAUGGAUGAUGGAGGUGAGAUGAUGAUGAUGAAAAAAUCAAUGGGUGGAGGAGGCGAUGGCGAUGGAGGAGGUGGAGGGAGGGGUUGUUGUCCAGUAAUGCAAGUCUAUUCAGCCGAGAAAUCGCCCUCGAUGGCUCAAAUGGCUCAACCACCGGCUCCUCAGUCUCCCAGCGUCCAGGUCAUGAUGUUACCACAAAUGUCCAUGCCCAUGUCUAUGCCGUCAUCAAUGCCGAUGCCGAUGCCGAUGCCAAUGCCGAUACCAAUUCCUAUUCCGGUUCCAUCUCCAGCCUCAUCUCCCAUGUCCAUGAUGAUGCCUGUCUCAAUGUCCAUGACAAUGCCGAUGACCAUGUCAACGGAAAUGAAUAGUAAUCAAAUGAUGGAUGGAAGUAAAAAAAUGAUGAGCGGAGGGAUGAUGAUGUCACCUGGAAUGACCUGGCCCACUUCUGGUGGUAUGAUGAUGGGAAGUCCAUCACCAAUGAUGAUGCCAACACCGAUGAUGAUGCCAUCAUCAAUGAUGAUGACCGGUCCAUCGUCAAUGAUGAUGCCCAAGAUGAUGUGGUCAGGAUCACCAAUGCCAAUGAUGAUGGGAAAAUAAUACUCACCAGAAAAAAAAGUUCAUUCAUUCAAAUCAACUAAUCACUACAACUUACAAACACAAACCUAAUCAUCUAAUCAAUGAACACGAAAAUUAGUUGACAAUUAACUUAAAACCAAAAACAAAAUCGUAACAUGAAUUAAAUCAACAACCAAAAGCAAAUCAUCAUCAAUAUUACAUUACCAAUAAGCUAAACUAAUAGUAAACAAUCAAAGUGUUGCGGUGACAAAUUAAAUUGAUUAAAAGCCCAAAUCAUCAAUGAGUUAAUCAGUUACAAUUACCAAUAGAUAUUCACAUUAUAUAAAUAAUACACAUGAGUUUUGUCAUCAUCAUCUUUCAUCCCUUAUCUUCAUCAACCAAUAUCAUUAGAGGUCAGUUAUUAUUAUUAUUUAUCAUCAUUAUCUUUAUUUUGAUUAUAUUUAUUGUUAUUAUGAUUAUUAUUAUUAAUAAUAUUAUCAUCGUUGAUUAUUUCAUCAGUGAUUAUAUUUAUAUUGUAUUAGCAUUAGUAGUUAGUAUUUUUCUUAUUCCUUGAUUAUAUUAUUAGUAUUAUUUUUUAUCAUUAUUAUGUAUUAGUAAAAAUCAUCUUUGCAUUUAUCCAUCCAAUUAACAUCAUCAAUGAAAUUUCAUUAAUUGAUUUUGCU